GCGAUAUGAAUCGUCCUUCAAUUGCCGCUCUAUGCGGAUCCAUGGACGCCAAAGCAUCGCGAUAUGCAGCGACUGUACGGAUACAAACCGGGCGAAAUGAAACCAUAGUUGAUUUACCAAAUAUGGUGAAGGAACUGUUAAAAACCUUUUACCAAACUUGCGCCCGUAAACCCGAAAGGGUAUUAUAUUAUCGCGACGGAAUAUCAGAAGGGCAAUUUUCCAGAGUGAUGGAUCACGAACUUAAAGCAAUAAGAUCAGCCUGCAGGGCGCUAGAGCAAGAUUACGAACCCACCAUUACGUUCGUUGUGGUACAAAAAAGACACCACACCAGAUUCUUUCCCAUGGAUAGGAGAGAAGCAGAUCGUAGUGGGAAUUGUUUUCCCGGCACAGUAGUUGAUUCUGGGAUAACACAUCCUUUUGAAUUUGACUUUUUUCUUCAAAGUCACUCUGGUAUUAAAGGUACUUCCCGGCCGGCGCAUUAUCAUGUUUUAUAUGAUCAGAAUGGCUUUAAUGCCGAUUCGUUACAAACACUCAGUUACAACUUGUGCUACCUUUAUGCCCGCGCCACACGAUCAGUUUCGCUGGUACCUCCCGUGUACUACGCGGAUAUAGUAUGUAGUCGUGCGAGAUUUCAUGCACGGGGUGCACACUGGAGUGAUACCGAAUCUUCGGAAGAAGUGGGUGCGAAUAAUUAUGCACCC